UCCACAGUUCCCUGGUGAUCUGGAGAGCUCUGCGUUCGGAGCUAGAACCUGGACAGCUCAUGACUUCAGACCAGGAAGGAAAAACUAUCGUGGAGCCACAGGUGCAGCAGUCACAGGAAGCAAAGGAGAAAGAGAUUCCACUUUUGGAAUCCUCCAAGAUCUCAGACCUCAAUCCCAAUGCGAAGGCAUGGGCAAAUUAUAUGCCUAAACCAGAGGCCUCUGCUACAACCUGCCCAGAUUCUCAGCAGUCAUGGGUAGAUGCGGCCGAUGACCCAUCAAACUGCAUCUCAGGAGGUUAUAACAACAGUGAAGACAAAGGGAACUGGAAUGAGGAACAGCAGGUAUCUACCUCUGUAGAACUGCCCUUUGCAGCGCAGCCAGAAUCAGUGUACAUGGGAAGCUCAGCCAGUGAGAAGGGCAUUGUGUCAAACCAGAACACCAAUAUGAAAGGGGUGAACGAUUCGGACUCCUCCAGACAGAUUGACGACCUUCGGGAACAACUGAAGGCAACACUGGAGUUCUGCCUCUCUAGGGAGAAUCUAGCCAACGACAUGUACCUCAUCUCACAAAUGGACAGUGACCAGUAUGUGCCAAUAGUGACUUUGGCAAACCUUGAUCAAAUCAAGAAACUCACCACUGAUGUUGAUCUCAUUGCAGACAUCUUAAAAACGCUGCCUCUCGUCCAACUGGACAAAUGUGGCGAGAAAGUGCGGCCCAAUCAGAACCGCUGCAUCGUAAUUCUCAGAGAGGUUCCUGAGGCCACUCCUGUGGAGGAAGUUGAAGCGCUCUUUAAGAGCGAUAACUUGCCCAAAUUCAUCAAUUGUGAGUUUGCCUACAAUGACAACUGGUUUAUCACGUUUGAAUCUGAGGCGGAUGCUCAGCUGGCAUACCAGUAUCUCAGAGAAGAGGUGAAAACUUUUCAAGGGAAGCCAAUAAAGGCUAGAAUAAAGGCCAAGGCCAUUGCCGUCAAUACCUUUGUGCCAAAGAAUGGGUAUCGGCCUGUGGAUGUGUCCUCAAAUGUCCAACAACGCUACACCCCUUACUACAUCCCCCCUGUGUAUGGAGCACAGCAACAGUUUCCUCUUUACAGACUGGUGACUCCUCAGGGCUGGUCAGCUACCCAGAGCUACCUGGACCCGACUCUGGUUACUCCGUUCACCAGCCCUGCAUUUAUUAACGGCUUCCCUGGUUCCCCGACAUUUAAAACGGCAACAUCUCCAAUAACUGUCAGACAAUAUGCACCUCGAAACAGGAAUCAUAACAAAACACACAUUCGACUCACAACAGAGCGUGGAACCACUCUGCUAGAAAACCCUGCUGCUUUCUCUACUUUCUCUUCGGAGAGAGUCCCCAAUGGGACGCGGCCUCCACAGGCUCAUCACUUGGGUAGCCGACCUCGUCUACCAAAUGGUCCAGGCUAUCCACGCCGGGACCAGGUGGGAAGUGGACGGAUGGAAGUAAACGGUGCUGAUUACUCUCUAAACGCGGGCCGUGGAAGAAGGGGCGGCUAUGGAUACAGGAAAAGGAGAGAUGACAACAAGUUUCCAAGAGCAGCAACACAGUCGCCCCCUCCUGUUCAGGAGCGCACCCCGUCCCCUAGCUUUGAGCUGGGCCUGUCCAGCUUCCCUCCUCUGCCUGGAGCUGCAGGAAAUCUAAAGCCAGAAGUAAAAACUGAAAAUAGCCAUGACAACCGGCUGUCUGAUGUCGUCACUGGAGCGAUUAAAGACAAGCCUCUAAAUAAGGAUGUGGUCACCAGCCGUGUGAUCUCAGGGACUUCCAAAGAAUCCGCGCAGGCUUCUGCCGUUCCUGCUCCCGCUCCCGCUCCCGCUCCUGCUUCCGCUCCUGCUCCCGCUCCUGCUGCUCAGACCCCAGUGGACCACCAACACUCGCCCUCUCCAGCCCUUUCAAACCUGACAACUGUAGAAAAACCUAAAGAGACGCAGACACCUGCAGAGAAAUGCUCAGAUACACAAGCUGCUAAAACCGCACUGCUGAGCAAUCCAAUAACAGAGCCCCGGAAGCCGAGCUACGCAGAGAUCUGUCAGAGGAUAAGGGAGGCACCAACACAGCAGCCGUCAGCAGAUCCCCGGCCUCCCAGCUCCACCGUCGAAGACAUCAAGACCCCUGACUCGGCAGAACGCAGAUGCAGAGAAUCAGCAGCACCCGCACCUGGCAAAUCCACAGUGACGGCUUGUCCCAGAGAGACAGUGAAAUCUCAUCAUAGCGCUGGGGAACGAGUGAGCGGCGACACGACAGCUUCCUUCCACCAAUCCUGAGAGCCUCCGCUUUGCUUCCAGGACCGAAAGGGAACGAAAACUUUGUCAGGGCUGCUCAGAAAGAAAAAAGAAAAGAAGUCCCUCUUAUCUCACGGUCUCUGUGAGUGCACACACAGACAGCUUGUCACUGGAAUCAGGGCCUACAGACAAAAGCACUUGUGCAUAAGGGUUCUCUGAAUAUUUUUGUUGUCCUUUCUGUCGUUUUGUUUUUCAAUUACAAGAUCUUUAGUUGUUUUCCAAGGAAAAUGGGAUUAAUGAACCAGCACCAGUUGGAGAUUAACUAUUUAAAAAUGUUUUGUCAGAGCUCAACUUUAUUUUGGGGUUAAAACAAAUAUUGCUGUUGGGAGGAAAUACAGAUUUUUGAAUAGUGCUGAUCCUGAAACACUUAUUUUUGUGUUGUUUUUUUCUUUCAUUUUUUUUUUUUUUAACUGAUCUGUAUAUAAUUUUGCUAGCCUUGAGUGUCUUGGCACUGGUG